AUGCUUCGCGCCGCAAGCUCCGCGCUCCUGCUACUGGCCACCGCCGGGACCGCCACCGCGAAGUGGAUCGUCCCCGGCGCUCGCUGGGUCGACACCGAUGGACACCGGUUCAACGCGCAUGCUGGAGGCCUAUGCGUAGACCAAGAGUCGGGUCGGUUUUAUUGGUUUGGUGAAUACAAGACCGAGGGGCAGGAGGAGGGCGGUGGUGUCUCGGUCUACAGCUCUGAUGAUCUAGCGACUUGGACAUCGCACGGCAUUGCGCUAGGUAAGAUUGGGCGGUUUUUUGUUGGUCGCGCGGACAAAAGCGCAGCGACAAUCGGUCCCGGAUCACGAGUUCAUCUCCCGGAGAGCGUCAUCCAGCGCCCCAAGGUGCUUUACAGUGAGGAAACGGGAAAAUACCAUAUGUGGUGGCACGCCGAUGACUCCAAAUACAGUCUCCUCCUACAAGGCCUCGCAACCUCCGAGGACAUCGCCGGCCCGUAUACGUUCGAAAAGGCCGUUGCGCCGCUGGGCAACUGGUCGCAGGACUUUGGCGCCUUCACCGACUACAAGACGGGCCACUCGUACGCGCUCUACUCCAACGGCGACAGCGUCGAGGGGCGGGACGUCUACGUCAGCAAGUUCAACGACAACUUGACCGACGUGGAGGAGGUCACGUUCCGGUUCAACAAGUACGAUUUUGAGGCGCCAACUAUUCUGCAGACGGAGAAAAGCUACUUUGCGCUGAUGAGCCACAAGACGGGCUACCGCCCAAAUAACGUGGUCGCGAUGAGGGCCGACAAGCUCGAGGGACCUUGCACCCAGUCCGGGUUCUCGUGGAGGAUAAAAGGCACCAAGAAGACGACAUAUCUAUACAUGGGAGAUCAGUGGGACAGCUUGUCGCUGUGGGAGAGCCGUAACGUCUGGCUGCCCAUCGAGAUUAACGAAGAGGAUGGCAGUCUCCAAGUGCUCUGGCACGACGUGUAUGACCUAGACGUAAAAACUGGAGAAUGGACUCCCAUCAAGGGCAAGACGUACACCUCGAGCGGCGCCACCGUUGCGGGUGACGUCUGGUUGCAAGAAGCGACGUUUGGAAGCGACCAUGUCAUCGCCACCGGAAUCUACGGCAACGACAGCACCAUCACCUUUGAAGUAGAAGGCCAAGGAAAAGACCAAUGGGUCUCGUUCUACCACCAAAACAUCGACGACAUGGGAUUCGGCGACCAGCCCAUGGGAGCCCCCGACCGCAUCAACGGGACCUGGCAACUGCGCCGCAUCAGCAGCGUGGUGGUGAACGGGGACACGGAAAAUGUGCACACCUUGUACCAAAAGGACACCCACAAGGGCAUCAUCCUCUCCACGCCGCUCCUCCUCCCACUCGGCAAGGGCAGCAAUAACAUCACCAUUGGUGGCCUCCACAACGGGUUCGACUACAAGGGGGCUGAUAUUGAUCGCAUUGUUGUGUACCCGCCUGAGCCCAAGGCGAAAAAGAGCGGAGAAAAGUAG